UCUUUUUUAGUAAAGAGGUAACCAUGAAAUAACCAGAGGCAACAAGAAACGAAGCCCGUCUUCACUAUCGUAGUCUCAAGCUGUCGUACAUCGACUUAAACCUGCCUGAGUCUCUCUAGUCAGCAUCUGCAUCAAGCAACAAGUAACAGCAUCAUCAUGGAUAAGCUAUCUAAGGACCAAAAGGACGAAUACGCAACUGCGUUUGCUAUUCUGGCCCUCUAUGACGGAGGAGCCGAAGUCACCUCUGAACAAAUCAACUCUCUCUUGGAAGCCACAGGCAACAAGGAAGUUGAAGCCUUCUACCCAAUCAUCUUUGCCAACUACCUCGGAGACAAGCAAAAGCUGGCACAACUCAUCGCUUGUCCCGCCGCUGGAGGUGGCGGCGGCGGCGGUGGUGGCGGCGGAGGAGGCGGUGGAGAUGCCGCCGAGGAAGAAAAGGAAGAAGAAAAGGUUGAAGAAGAAGAAAUGGAUAUGGGAGGCGGUAUGGAUAUGUUCGGAGGAGGCGAUGGUGGAGACGGCGGAGAUUAUUAGAUCCAUCAUCAUUUCUCUUGGGCAUACGACUAGUUUAUACCAUUUUUUUUUCUU